CUUGAACUAAAUACUCUCUACGAAGAAGGAAACUGGGAGGAAAUUCGGAUUGUGACAUAUCCAUUACAUUUUACAAUAUUGUCAUUUUUUGUCUUCAAUAAUGUUUUCAGUGAAGCAUUCUCUAUGUCCACUAUGAGCCAUGGGAGAUGACAGAGCAAUCCUGAGAGAGAAUUGGGACGGGAGGAUCCCGGUGUGCUUCUCGCUGGCUGAGGACGAGAUUGAGCAGGAAAAGCCAGAAAAUGUUUUUGCUCACGUUCCUAGACAGAGUUACUUCCCAUUGGUAACUGAAAAGGUCUCCAAGUAUUUUUCCCAGCAUGUGGACAAAGAAAAAGUGGGAGAAAUGUGGCUUGAGUGUGAUGGACAACCUUUAAAAUGGCACUACCCCAUUGGUGUUUUGUAUGACAUGUAUGGGCAUUUAGACUCCGGGUUGCCGUGGAAACUUACGAUGCACUUUCAGGAGUUUCCAGAAAGUGAACUUCUUCACUGUCCAGGCCGUGAAGCCGUAGAAUCGGUGUUCAUGUCGACAGUGAAAGAGGCAGAUGCUCUCAAACAUCGUAGCAGCAUUAUCAACAGUAUGCAGAAGAAGGACCACAAGAAUAUGUGGAUGGGCGUUGUCAAUGACAGGUUUGACCAGUUCUGGCCAAUCAACAAGAAGCUGAUGGAGAACACAGAUGAGGAGAGCAUCAAGUACAUUCCGUUUAGAAUCUACCAGAGUGAGACUGGUUUUAUACAGAAGUUGUUCCGACCGUUCUCCGAGGAGGGCCAGGAACACACGCUAGAUGACCUGAUUAAACACGUUCUUCCAGAUCUAGAUGAAGAUGGUAAUAAGAGAGUAUUAAUACAAGGAAUCGAGGUACCCGGCGAGACACCCAUCCUCUGGUUAUCAGAACACCUCAGUUACCCGGACAAUUUCCUCCACAUCUGUGUAGUCAACCAGCCCUCCAUGACAAUUUCUGACCAUUGGUGACGAUCGGGCAGUGUGCAAUAUUUGGAGAUGGUGGGAUAGUAAAGUCCCAUAUUAUUAAAACGUGUAUGCGGAUAGUCUGUCAUUACAUGAGGUUGAUGUUUUCGAGUGUAUAAUUAUAUAAGUAUAUUCGAGAGAAUAAUUACCCAUUUUCUUGUAAUAACUCGAAUUGGACAUCAUUUUGCCCUUCUUUUCUAGCGUCAAUGUUUACUACCGUAAAAUAGUACAAUUUUCAUUUUUUGUAAAGAAUGUGUUAUGUGAUAAACAUUUUCUUGCAUUUGUUGCCAUUUAAAUCAAAAGAAAUGAAACUCUUGACGGAAGAAUAACUUGCUCUAUAUUUUCUUGUAUUAAAUGGCAACGAAUGUAAUAUCCUAUGUCAAAAAACAUUGUAACAGACCUUUGUCCAAUAAAUUCCCUUAAGCUUUUUUCUGUUUUUCUAAGAUAAAAAGGUGUGGCAUUUUUAUAACCUUGGUGUUGGCCGCGGCGGUAGAUGCUGUUUCAUUCAUCCAUUUACUUAGACAGUAUGUAUGUUUACGUGUUGGAUAAUCAGACAAUUACUAGUAUUGUAAAUCGAUUAUUCAAUCGGGAUAAAUCGAAAAUGUAUUUCCGUACUAAGCAGUAGUAGGACAAUAAAUGUUUACAACUUGUAUGUCUAAUAAGUUCUAUAUAUUUCAAAAAUGGCCCAAAAUAUUUCUUCAAAAUUGGCCCAAUAUAUUAUAUGACACAUAUUUGUCUUUUUGGUAUGUUUGUACCUUCUUUGCACCGACUUAUUAUGGCCGUCACUAAUAUCAGUAUCAAGUUUCUUCGCUCUGUCUCGAAUAAAUUUUAGUUAUAUCCCUUGUUUGGCGGAGUAAGAACUGACGAGCAUUACCAUCCACUUACAACAGUCGAUUAAUAUAUGCGUCCUGAUUGUCAAACGAGCCAAACUUGGCGGGGAGUAUAAAAUAGAUACAAUGCACUUAUAUCUUAAAUGUAAUAAUCAACAUGUUGAUAAUGAUGGUUCAAUAAAAGUAUAAAAAUAUUAAUACAUAUGAUACAGUUUUGCAUUAUUAUAUGGAUGUUUUUUCUUACAAUUUUGUAUGAGGUUCAAAUUUGUUGACAAUGAAAAUUGGAUCAUUGAUAAAUAAAAUAUCAUAUGCCAAUGAAUUUCUAUGAUUGUUUAGAACUGUUGAUAUAUGAUCGUGUUUCUGUUAAUGGUUAUUUUAUAUGAUUAUAUUAAUGAAAUGUGCUUGAAAUAAAUACUAAUCAGUCA